AUGCCCUGUCCCAGCUCCUGCCCCCCCGGGCUCUUAGCCCUGAUGGCACCUGGGCUGGCUCUCAUGGCCACCUUCUCGCUGUCCUCCCAGGCCGGGGACAGGAGAGCGCUGCCGGUGGAGAAACCUCCAGGUGUGAAGGGAAGGACUCUCAUUCUCCUUGAUGUCAACACCAAGAGCCCUGUCAGGAUAAUCAGUGAGAAUUUCCUCUCCCUGCAGCUGGACCCCUCCAUCAUUCAUGAUGGCUGGCUCGAUUUCUUAAGCUCCCGGCGGCUGGUGACCCUGGCGCGGGGCCUGGCCCCCGCCUUCCUGCGCUUCGCGGGCAAGAGGACGGACUUUCUGCAGUUCCACAACGUGAAGAACCCGGCCAAGAGCCGCGGCGGGCCCGGCCCCGACUACUACCUCAAGAACUACGAGGACGACAUUGUUCGCAGCGACAUUGCCCUGGAUAAGCAGAAAGGCUGUAAGAUCGCCCAGCAUCCUGACAUAAUGUUGGAGCUACAGAGGGAAAAGGCAGCUCAGAUGCACUUGGUUUUGUUAAAGGAGCAGUUUUCAAACACAUACAGCAACCUCACAUUAACAGCCAGGUCUUUAGACAAACUCUAUAACUUUGCUGACUGCUCUGGCCUUCACCUGAUCUUUGCACUGAAUGCUCUGCGCCGAAAUCCCAACAACUCCUGGAACAGCUCCAAUGCCCUCAGCCUUCUGAAGUACAGUGCCAGCAAGAAGUACAACAUCUCCUGGGAGCUGGGCAAUGAGCCCAAUAACUAUCGGACCCUGAUCGGCCGCUCGGUGAACGGCAGCCAGCUGGGGAAGGACUACGUCCAGCUGAGAAGCCUGCUGCAGCUUAUCCGCACUUAUUCCAGAGCAAACCUCUAUGGGCCAAACAUUGGGAGGCCCAGAAAGAACGUCAUCGCUCUCCUGGAAGGGUUCAUGAAAGUGGCUGGUAGCACGGUGGAUGCUGUUACCUGGCAACAUUACUACAUUGACGGCCGAGUGGCCAAAGUGACGGACUUCCUGAAAACGCGCCUGUUAGACACACUGUCUGACCAGAUCAGGAAAAUACAGAAAGUAGUGAACACAUACACCCCAGGAAAGAAGAUCUGGCUGGAAGGUGUUGGUGCAACCUCAUCUGGAGGCAUGAACAACCUCUCCGAUUCCUAUGCGGCCGGGUUCCUGUGGCUGAACACGCUGGGCUUGCUGGCCAGCCGCGGCAUCGACGUGGUGGUGCGGCACUCCUUCCUUGACCACGGCCACAACCACCUGGUGGACCACAACUUCAACCCCUUGCCGGACUACUGGCUGUCCCUGCUCUACAAGCGCCUCAUCGGUCCCAAGGUGCUGGCAAUCCAUGUGGCUGGUCUCCAGAGGAAGCCCCGGCCCGGCAGGGUCAUUCGUGACAAGCUCCGCAUUUAUGCUCACUGCACCAGCUACCACAACCACAACUACGUCCGGGGGUCCAUCACCCUUUACAUCAUCAACCUGCAUCGAUCCCGGAAGAAAAUCAAGCUGGCGGGGACGCUGCGGGAUAAGAUUGUCCACCAGUACCUGCUGCAGCCCUACGGCAAGGACGGGCUUCACUCAAAGUCGGUCCAGCUCAAUGGACAGCCAUUGGCCAUGGUGGACGAUGGGACCCUCCCUGAGCUAAAGCCUCGUCCGCUGCGGGCUGGCCGCACCCUGGUCAUCCCCCCGCUGACCAUGAGCUUCUAUGUGGUGAAGAACGUGAACGCGCUGGCCUGCCGGUACCGGUAACCCGGGGCUCAGAACGGACCCGCCGGCGCCGCUCCUGCCCCUGCACACUCCCCAGGACACGCUGCCUCCUCGGCAGCCCGCACAGCCGGGCCACGUCGGGCGGGCACCGUGAUGUGCCAUUGUCCUCGCACCGUCCGGCUUGGCACUCUUUCCUGCCCUGUGCCUGCAGAGCUCCAGUUGGCCCCGGCCACCAUCCCGCUGGAGCGGUGCGAUGGCGAAUUUGCAGGGCCUGCCGCGAUCCGUCCCACGAGCUGCAAGAAGCACCCGGGAUCCGGUGCCCACCGGCUGCUGGGGAGGGCUGGGGUGCUGCGCGCUGAUAGAGCCCAGGAUGGGCACCCUAUCCCGGGCUCGUCAGGGUGACCCUCCAGCAGCCAGGUCCCCCUUUCCUCUGCACCUUCCCGGGCGGCGGGCAGCGCUGCCGAUGCAGCAAGCGCAUGGAAGCAGCUCCCUCUGCCGCCGCCAGCCCGGUCGGGACCGGCGCGGGGAUGCUGCCGGCAGGAGGGGCGCCGGGGGCCGCGCGGGGCGGGGAGCGAGGGGCCGCGGCCGGAAAUGCUGAGAAUUAAAUUAUACAGCCCGGAGCGGAGCGGCGGGAGGCGGGGUCGGCGGGCAGCCCCGGCCCCUGCCGAGCGGGGAGCGGCGGCCGGUGAAUGUGUCCUGCCCGGGAGAGGGGCGGUGUCGCGGGCAGGAGCAGCCGGGGCGCGCCGAGGGGCUACCGGAGGUGUAAUAAAGUUGGGCUGUCAA